AUGUUGUAAUCCAAACACUACUUUUAAAAUUCAUUUCCCGUCCAACCCCAAUAUAGAGCUGACGUCACCGCCGGUCACAAUGCACGGCCAUCUCUACCCUUACCCAUUUCCAUUUCCACUCCUUCCUUCGAAUCCGAUUCUCUUUCUCUCUUAUCCUAUGCUCCUCUUUCCUUCCGGCGCACUUUAGUCCCUUCCACCGUACAUUCCCCUUUCUGUUCUUUCCUAUGGACCCGAUCCGGUCCCUCCACUUAUCCACCCGCCCCUCACCAUCCGGCGGCGGUGGCCGUGAAGACUGUUGGAGCGAAGGCGCGACGGAGACUCUUAUCCAGGCAUGGGGAGAUCGUUAUGUUAAUCUCAACCGUGGAAAUCUCCGUCAAAAGGACUGGAAGGAAGUUGCCGACGCCGUCAACGCCCGUCAAAACGGCAUCAAGCCACGUAAGACCGACGUCCAGUGCAAAAAUCGGAUCGACACGUUGAAGAAGAAGUACAAGCUCGAGAAAGCUAAACCCCCUCCGUCGAAAUGGCCGUUUUAUUUCCGUCUAGAUUCACUCAUUGGCGUUAACGCUACCGUUAAUCCCAAAAAGAAGUCUGCUGCCGUGACUUUAACCCUGAAAUCGAAGUCAAUCCCUAAGCUAGAGCUUUAUCCUGGUGUGUCAAAUUCACCUGAGGCGUCAUUGGAUGAAGAGAAUGACGAGGAUGACGAUGAUAUAGGGUUUGAUGAGAGAGUAAUAAAGAAGCAGCAUAGAAUGGAGGAUGUAGAUUUCUCCGAUGGGGCUGCGUGUAGGGAAUUAGCAAGAGCCAUAUUGAAGUUUGGUGAGAUAUAUGAAAGAAUCGAGAGCUCUAAGCAGCAGCAAAUGGUGGAGCUUGAGAAGCAGAGAAUGGAGUUCACUAAGGAACUUGAGUUUGAGAGAAUGAACAUGUUCAUGGAUGCACAAAUGGAGCUAGAAAAGAAGUCAUUAAAGCGAGCCAAAGACACGUCUUCUAGUUCAGGGAAGAAGUUAUAGGUGAGAUCAAUUGAACAUUUGAAUUCCAUGCAUAAUGCUAUGUACAAAUCUCCAUGAAAGCGUUCUUUGGAUCACUCAGCUCCAGACUGAAGAAGUUUUCUGUUACAUCAUCAAUAGAUUCAAAUUCGGAGCUUUUGUAGAUGAUUAGUGUGUAGUGUAUCUAUUGUUGUAACAUUAUUCAGUGUAAAUGAUUAAGUUCUGCUACAAAUUCUGUUCAUCUGUAGUAUUCUAAACCGUAAGUAAUCCCGGUGACCUAUAUUCCCAGCCCCAGGCAUCUCAUUGUUUUUUAAGUUAUGAAUAUGAUAAAGCUGUGUCUCAAUAAAGUUGAUGCUGAUUGAACA